AUGCUGGAGUGGACAUAUGCCGGUAUUAACUUUUCCGCCAAAAGUACCGAGCCAUGGGCUGACGAUGGCGGCAUUGAAUGUGCUGCACAUUCGACAUUACGACAACGGUUAUUUGAGACAGUACUUACUGUAAUUGUGGCUUCCUACGAGAUUUACUAUGCAACUUAUCAUGCAAAGAGUCAAAUCGGAACAUCAUUUCCUCGUGAAUAUGCCCGAGAACGACAAGGACGUCCCAGCGUGCUACGGCGUUUAGUGCUCGUGUGUUAUGCUCUGCUGUGGGGUAUUGAAAUUGGUUUUAAAAUCGCCUCACGACAACUUAUUUAUAUACUGAAUCCAUGUCAUAUGGUUACUCUCAUUCAAAUUAUUCUUCUGACAUUUUCUUCGAAUUACUACACGCGUGGUCUUUACCGUUUGCAUGCUGGGAUGUUAAAUGGUGGUACACUUGCAAUUUAUUUUCCAGUGACAGCUACACGGCUUUUUCCAUUUGAAGUUGAGCUUUAUUACAUUCAACAUAUACUCAUUUUAUUAGUGCCAAUUUUUCUACUUUCAUCUCAUGGAGGUUAUAGUCUUGAACCGGUCGGAUCUUUUCGGUGGACAAUUAUAGCCAUAGCCACUUUCCGUUUUUAUCAUUAUUUUGUACUACAACCUUUUUCUUUAUUAACCUGGGUCAAUCUAAAUGGUGUACUAUGUCCAUUUCAAUUCGAUCCAUUCAUAGGUCGAUAUUAUCGUUUGUGGGCUCAUGUUCAUCAAACAUUAUUUAUGAUUAUUCAUCAUAAGUUAUUUUCCGUUGUCGCUCGCACUUGUAUACAAUUCGAUAUACGACGUAUUAUGUAUUAUAUAAAACGACAAGACAAACCAGCACAACCUAUACAGCAACCGAUCGAUUUUAGUGAUAUUAUAAAAGACGAGUAA